AUGCCGGAGGGGACACCGACACUUAUGUCGCAUCGGUCAAGCGACGAUUAUAUUUUAAUGAGCAAACCGAGAGUAAUCUUCGUGCUGGGCGGACCGGGAUCGGGCAAGGGCACCCACUGCGAUCAGCUGAGAGAGCGGUUCAGCCUGCUGCACCUCUCGGUGGGGGACAUCCUGCGCGACUUCCUGAAGACCGGCUCCAAGGAGGCCGAGGAGAUCAGCAGGAGGAUGAAGGAGGGACAGAUGGUCCCCAGCCAGAUCGUGGUCGAGCAGCUCAAGAAGAAGAUCCUCUCGAUUGGCACUGGAAGGAUAGUGAUGGUGGACGGCUUCCCCCGCAACCAGGAGAACAUCGAUCUGUGGGAGCAGAUAGUGGGAGAGGAGAUCAAGGUGAUCCUGCUCGCCUACAUCGAGGUGAGAGAUGAGGUCAUGAUCCAGCGCCUGCUCAACAGGGGCAAGACAAGCGGACGGCUCGACGACACCGAGGAAGUCAUCACCAAGAGACUUGCCACCUUCCACAGCGAAACAGAGCCGGUCCUGAUCCACUACAAGCGGCUCUACCGGGAGGGAAAGACAAGAGUCUUCGUGGUGAACGGAGAGCUAAAGCUGGAGGACGCGCAGGCCAGGUUCAAGAAGUUCUUCGAGCAUAAUCGUAUCCUCGAGUGA